AUGGCAGCCAGCAGCCUGUCCCUCGCCGUCCUCCUCGUCCUCGUCCUCGUCGCAUCCGACGUCCCGGCCACCGCUGGCGGCGGCGAGUACAGCGGCCCCAGGAUGGUGAUCAUCCGCCGCCCUGCGACGACGACAAGGGCCGGCGGCGCUGCCGGUGCUCGGAGUAACAAGUGGCGGCAGCACUACCGGCGACUGGAGGACGAGGUGGCGCCGGAGCUCGGCGGCAUGCUGCUGGGGGCGGGCGAAGGCGGCAUCGGCUACGGCGCCCUCGACAAGGACAGGCCGGGCUGCCAGAGCGGCAACCAGUGCGCCGCCAAGGGCCCGGGUGGGUCCUACACCAGGGGCUGCACCUACGAGAGCCAAUGCCCACACACGCCGGCCGGCGUUGCCAAUUAA